AUGGCACCCACACACAUCCCCAUCAGCGAAAUCCCCAGCCUAUCCCAGCUCUACAGACUCAACCGUCUCCCCGCCAUCACCGCACCAACCCACCCCCCUUCCAAACCUCUCAACGACCGCAUCUCCCUAAUCCGCCAUGACAUCACCAAGCUCCUCGACGUGGACUGCAUCGUGAACGCAGCCAACUCCUCGCUCCUCGGCGGCGGCGGCGUCGACGGCGCCAUCCACCGCGCCGCGGGGCCAGGCCUCGUCCGCGAAUGCCGCACGCUCGGCGGCUGCGCCACCGGCGACGCAAAGACGACCGCCGCCUACGACCUCCCCUGUCGCUGGGUGAUUCACACCGUCGGCCCGAUCUACCCGGUCGAGCGGCAGAAGGGCGCCGCGCGCCCCGAGCAGCUCCUGCGCUCGUGCUACCGGCGCUGUCUGGAGCUGGCGGUGCGGAACAAGGCGCGGAGUAUUGCGUUCCCGGCGAUUAGUACGGGUGUUUAUGCGUAUCCGAAGCGCAGGGCCGCGCGCAUCGCGUUGGAUGAGACGAGGGCGUUUUUGGAGAGUGAGGGUACGGAUAUUGUCACCCUUGAGAAGGUUGUUUUUUGUAACUUUGAGGAGGAGGACCAGCGUGCCUACGAAGAGGCCGUACCUGAUGUCUUCCCCCCAGAAGAGGACCGUCCGUCUACUUCAGCACGCCAACACGACGGUGAGUCUGCGCCGUCGCCAGCGUUGUCUCACGGCAUCUAUGGCCCCUGCCCCACCACCGACUCUGCCGGCGACCACCCGCCCGAGCCCGAGGAGCAGACUGUUAACAAAGAGGACGUCGAGCAGAGCAUUGACCUGUUGGCUGAGAGUGUCUCGCCAAAGCCAGGUGCGAAAAGUGACGAUGACUGGGAGGAGGUGACGGCGUUGGAGUUUGUGCGUGCGGACAAGCCGGACGACGAGUCGGCUGAGGUCGAGAGUCUGCCGUCCACUACAGGUGUGCAGAGUAUACAGUCUAGUGGUGUUCUCCCCAUGGCUGAGUCGCACGCGACGCAAAAGGCCUAG